AUGUCAUUAACCGAGCUGUCAUCGAAUGUUAAGCUUGCCCGAGACAUGGCAAUAAGUGGCAAUUAUGAUUCAUCUGGCAUUUAUUAUGAGACAGUCUUGGAAAUGAUACAGAAGCUAAUUAUUGGAUGUAUGGAUACGACUAAACGAGGAAAAUACACAUUAAUACAGCAACAGCUAAUUAAGGAAUCCACAAAACUCAAGGAACUUCAAAAGACAUUGACUGGAAUUACAAUGGAUAUUCAGAACAUGCCAGUUCAAAAAUCAUCAGUUAAUUAUCAUCCACCACCUGCCUCAAAUCAAUACAUGAACACAGAUUCACCGACCAAAGACUCUUUCUGGUUCGGAACUCCAAAAGUUAAUGAACAGAGACAAUAUCAUGAUCCAGACCGAUGGUCACCGCCUCCUGCUCCAAGGUACAUGAUUAACUUAAUGAACUAUAUCAAUUUAUUAAUUAUAAUUAAUAAUUUUAGCAAAUACAGUAAGACUGCAAAGAAAGCGGAAGUGAAUAAGAAAGGAGGAAGUAAGCCAACAAGCAGUAAAGGUCGUCAAAUGCCACCGGAAGUAAAAGGAAGAGUUGGAAAUGCAAAAGCUUCAGGACGUAGAGCUAUUUCGUCAGCAGCAGGCAAAGAUGGCGAUAAAAAUGACAAAAAGGAAGACGAGCAAGAUGAUGAUCAAGGUCAAGAGGAACCAGACAAGAAAUUUGAGCCUUCAUCACAUGCUGACGUUGAUUUAGUUGACAUGCUUGAACGAGACAUUUUACAAAAGAAUCCGAAUAUUCAUUGGGAAGAUAUUGCUGACUUGCAUGAAGCUAAAAGGCUUUUAGAAGAAGCUGUUGUCUUGCCUAUGUGGAUGCCUGAUUACUUUAAAGGCAUUCGAAGACCAUGGAAAGGUGUGUUGAUGGUUGGACCACCUGGAACAGGAAAGACAAUGUUGGCAAAAGCAGUAGCCACUGAAUGCGGCACUACCUUUUUUAACGUAUCAUCCAGCACAUUAACAAGCAAAUAUCGAGGAGAAUCUGAAAAGCUAGUUCGAUUACUUUUUGAAAUGGCACGAUUUUAUGCACCGUCUACAAUUUUUAUAGAUGAAAUUGACUCUUUAUGUUCGAUGAGAGGAGGUGCAACUGAGCAUGAAGCAUCUAGAAGAGUCAAAUCGGAAUUGCUUGUUCAAAUGGAUGGCGUUAAUACAGAAGAAAAAGUCGUAAUGGUGCUUGCAGCUACUAAUUUUCCAUGGGAAAUUGAUGAAGCCUUACGUAGACGUUUGGAGAAGAGAAUUUACAUCCCAUUGCCCAAUAAUGAAGGUCGAGUUGCUUUAUUAAAAAUCAAUUUAAGAGAAGUAAAAAUUGACGAUACAGUUGAUUUGGAAGUCAUUGCACAUAAAUUAAAAGGAUAUUCAGGAGCAGAUAUUACAAAUGUUUGCCGCGAUGCAGCUAUGAUGUCACUCCGUAAAAAAAUCAUUGGAUUAAAGCCAGAACAGAUUAAACAGCUAGCAAAGGAUGAAGUUGACUUGCCAGUCACUCUUGUGGACUUUAUGGACGCUGUUGGAAAAUGCAACAAGAGUGUCAGUAAACAAGAUUUGCAGCGAUAUGAGAAAUGGAUGGACGAGUUCGGUAGCAGCUAA